UGGUGACAGUCACUGACUGGCAAGUGGAGUUCUGAAUUACUAGGCAUAUUCUGUUCAAAACUACGGUGAAAAUGAAACGGAAUCACGACUAUAGCUCAUCUGACAGCGAGCUCGAUGAAAACAUUGAGGUAGAGAAGGACAGUUCUGACGAAAAUGGGAGCUUCAGUUCUCCCCAUGGAUCGAUGUCCCCAUCUACAACAACCCAAGUUCAAGCAAGGAAACGCCGCCGAGGAAUCAUUGAGAAACGGCGCCGUGACCGGAUCAACAAUAGCCUCUCAGAGCUCAGAAGACUGGUUCCCAGUGCUUUUGAGAAACAGGGCUCAGCUAAACUGGAAAAGGCUGAAAUUCUGCAGAUGACUGUUGAUCACCUGAAGAUGCUGCAUGCUGCAGGGGGAAAAGGGUACUUUGACGCCCACGCUCUGGCCAUGGAUUACCGCACCCUCGGGUUCCGAGAGUGCCUGGCCGAGACGGCACGCUACCUGAGCUUCAUGGAAGGCCUGGAUGGCGCUGACCCGCUGCGGAUCCGUCUAGUCUCGCACCUCAACAGCUACGUCUGCCAGAGGGAGACGCACUCGGGAAUCGGACACUUGGCCUGGGGCUCCGCGUUUGGGACGCCCCCUGCCCACCUGGCCCACCAUCUUCUCCUUCAGCACCAGCAAGGCCAGACAGCUCCCCGCGGCACCGGCAGCCCUUCCUCCUCCUCAUCAUCUCCCUCCACAGAGCCUCACACUCCCAGCAGGCUUGGCAGCACAGCGCACAGCGAGCCCGGGCUCCUACGAGUGCCACCAAAAGGCACCCUGCCCCCCGGCUUACCCGCCUCCACCUCUACCUCCACUAAACUGCCCCAGCCACUUCUCUCCUCCCUCCAUGCAUUCCCUCUAUCCUUCAGUGCUUUCCCCCUGCUCUCCCCCAGAGCUCUCAGUCCCAGCACUCCCCCCUCCAGCCUGGGGAAGCCAUACAGACCCUGGGGCACGGAGAUAGGGGCCUUCUGACCUCUGGCCCCUGACAACGAGGGUGCCAGCAGAGCAGAACAUGACGGAACACUCUGAACUCAUGUUUUGUUCUUUCCAUAGAGGGGAAACGGACUGAUGCUCUGUAUAUAGUUUCAUUGUUUUGUUUUUGGAACGGGGUGGAUGGCUGGAUAAUGUUGCCACACACCUCCUCAAGAAUGUAUCACUUCUGAGUGUCAUCAA